GUCAGUUUGAACAACGUAGAGCUCACAAUCGGAAUUCUUUUAAACUAUUUUAUUUUUCGUAAAAGUCUAGAAACAAAGAAAUCGAACUCUUUUUUUUUUAUUCAUUUCGAUGGCCGAUGAUGAUGAGAUUCAAUUUGAUGCUGUUGAUUCGGGUGCAUCGAAGACGUUUCCCAUGCAAUGUUCGGCAUUGCGUAAAAAUGGAUUCGUCAUGCUGAAGGGACGUCCGUGUAAAAUCGUGGAUAUGUCCACCUCGAAGACUGGAAAGCAUGGGCAUGCCAAGGUCCAUCUGGUCGGCAUCGAUAUAUUCACACAGAAGAAGUACGAGGACAUUUGCCCCUCGACCCACAACAUGGAUGUGCCGCACGUGAAGCGCGAAGACUAUCAGCUGACCGAUAUCAGCGAUGAUGGAUUUGUUACCCUAAUGUCCGAUAAUGGGGAGAUCCGUGAGGAUCUCAAGGUGCCCGAAGGAGACUUAGGCGGCCUUCUACGCCAAGAAUUUGGAGAGGGUAAAGAUCUAUUGUGCACCGUAUUGGCUGCCUGUGGCGAGGAGUGUGUCAUUGCUACCAAGGCCAAUGCGGGACUCGACAAAUAAGAAGUCUUUGGAGUAUGUGUUGAAGAAAGGGAAAAAACAGAACUUAGGCUAAGAAAUAUGUAUGAAUUUAUAAAGCACUAUUGCAAUAAAAAGCAAAGAAUGAA